CUUCACUCACUUUCCCUAUAUAUAAUAAGCAAGACUCCUUCACUUGUAUAAUGCCAUCAUCAUCACAGUCAUCAUCAUCGUAAUCAUCAGCUAGUUAGAUGGCGCCGGUGAAGAGGAGGGUGUUUAAGACAAAGAAAGAAAUGUCGGGGGAGCUGGCCAAAUACACGGCGGAUCUCUCCUCCAAAUUCUGCAAAGAGAGAGGAAUUUUCACCGUUGUUCUCUCCGGCGGCGACCUCAUCUCUUGGCUCUGGAAAUUGUUGGAACCUCCAUAUAUCGAUUCAAUUGAAUGGUCUAAGUGGCAUAUCUUUUGGGUCGACGAGAGAGUUUGUGGUUGGGAUGAUGCUGAUAGCAACUAUAAAUUAGCCUACGAUGGUUUUCUCUCCAAGGUUCCGAUUCCGGAAAAACACAUCUACGCCAUUGACAACGGUCUUGGGGCCGAAGGCAACGCUGAGCUCGCAGCCGAACGGUACGAGGAGUGCCUCAAACAAAAGGUGAACCAAAACAUUAUCCGAACAUACAAAUCCUCCGGUUUCCCACAAUUCGAUCUCCAGCUUCUAGGAAUGGGACCGGACGGUCACAUGGCGUCUUUAUUCCCGGGACAUGAUCAAAUCAAUGAGAAAGUGAAAUGGGUUACGUUUAUAACCGACUCACCUAAACCACCACCAAAACGGAUCACUUUCACUUUACCGGUUAUCAAUUGUGCUUCAUACAAUGUUAUGGCCGUAUGUGAUAAAGAGCAAUCUGAUUCGGUUGCGGCUGCUCUUGAUCAUACCAAAGACGUACCAGCCAGUAGACUAACCGCGGAUGUUGAAGUGGUCUGGUUCCUUGACCAAGCUGCUGCGUCUAAACUCUCUCAUGGCUGUUGCUCCAUCCUUUAAAUUACACGUGUUUGGUUUUGUCUCGCUGAAUCGGUUUGGUUUGGUUCGUGUGUAAACCGCGUAUUUGUUAGUGUCGUUAUGAUUGAAUGAGUCUUAGUAGUGGGUCAGUUAUGUCCGAGUUUGUAGCAGUAGUUGAGUAGAAGUCGAGGUCAAGUGGUUUCCUAAUUUGUAGCUUGUUUCAGUGUCUUGUAAGGCUAUAUAGCCGUCACUUUCUUUAUCAAUGAAGUAUUCAGUUCAGCAUAUCGAGACUCUGUAAUUCACAUUUGGUAUCAGAGCAAAAUCAAAGUGUUGAGUGAAUCAAAGAGAGUGAAAGCAAGAUGUCGAUCUCAGACAAAUUUGUUCAACCUGCUAUUCCCAGAUUUGAUGGCCAUUACGAUUAUUGGUCAAUGACGAUGGAGAACUUUCUGAGAAGCAAAGAGAUGUGGAGUCUGGUGGAGGAUGAGAUCCCUGCUGCGGCAAUUGGGAUAACACCAGCAAGUGAGGCUCAAAGGAAAUUGGUGGAAGACGCCAAGCUGAAGGAUUUGAAGGUCAAGAAUUACCUGUUCCAAGUGAUUGAUAGAGAGAUCUUGGAGACAAUUCUGGACAAGGGAACUUCAAAAGCCAUUUGGAACUCCAUGAAACAGAAGUAUCAAGGGUCCACUA